AGGAUGCUAUCAGGGAAGGACCAGCAAGCACGCCAACCUAUCAGCGUUUAAUAACUUGUGGCUUCCACCUCUACGUGAAUUUUCCGUCCACAAGAGGACAAUGAAUUAAACGAGUGAGCCUUUUCUCAUGCUGACUUGAUGCGCUCUGUUAAAUCUGUCCGUCGCUGCUGGAGUUCCUCUGAAGAUGGAGCUGAGCAGGAAGAAGGUGCCUCUAUAUGGCCAGGCAAAAGUAUUUGCUUUGCUAGAGGAUUUGGAUCCAGUGCCAGAGGAUGCAGAGGUCUACAUUGUUCUCGAAGGAUCCACACUGGUCCAUAUCAUGCGGGCUCAGAGUGAUGUGAUGCUCUGCUUUAUAGUUCCUGGACAUAACUUGGCUGAAGUGGUCUCUGUCCAGGCAUACCUGUGUUCCGAAACCACAUCCCUCACCUGGGUGGGUGGAGCCUCCUUGGAGUAUGUCCAAGAUGAUGCUCAGGAUCUGGCAGAGCACCUGAUAAACAAUGGACAUUGUCUGAGCUCCAAAGAUCACGAAGAACUCAGCAGCAUCUUCAACCUGGGCCAGCAGAGCUCUCGUUGGGCUAUGGAUCACCGUGUCGCCUUGGCAAUGGCGAACUUGGAUUUUCCACUAAAGUGGAAUGUCCUGGGUAGCCACAGUGGAGAUGAUCAAAAUCCCAGGGAGUCUGUCCUCCACCUGGUUGUGCGUUGGGGUCUGUGCCGUUUGGCGGAGCUGCUGCUUUGUCAGCCUGGGGGUCUUCUGGCUGUCAAUCUGCAGAACGAGGAGGGAGUCACACCUCUGCAGCUGGCGCAGGCAGCAGGAAACAGAGAGCUCCUGGAGCUACUGACACACCCACCCAACCCUCUAGCCACACCUCCAGCUGGUCUGUCUCAGGUGUGGGCAGCCCGGUCCCGCUUACUGAGGUUCUGUCAUGACACGGGAAACCUGACAGUGACUGUCCGACAAAACCCGAAAUGGAGCUCAGAGGAGAGCCGGCAUGCUGACAUCCGACUUCUAAAAAACAGGCUCAGAGACGACAAGUUCCUCAGGGAGAUCAAAGCACUAAAAAGGGACAAAGUGGAAACUGUCUUAAGCAAAGAAGAGCUUGUGGACAAUCCUGCAGAGAACGAUGCACUGUACCUUGACAUCAAUGAGGGAAGCUCAACUACAGAAGAAAAUGAGUAUGAAGAGCCGCUUAUAUUUUGCCUGAAUGAGGAUGACGAAGAGAGCGACCAGUCCCAGUCUGAAUUUGAGAAAAACAAGUUAAUAAAAGAGAGCCAGGCCUCAUCGCCGACGCUGGCUGCCGCCGCCAGGCUGUCAGCAAUGAUACACGGCAAAGACCAAGUCUACGCAAAUGCCAUGCUGGUGGACCAGGUGGAUGAUGUAGACAUUAAGUACCGCUCUCCAGACGAGGAUGAAAUGGGCUCGACACCACUUCUUGGAAGCCCAUGCUGGGACACCAUCCCUGGGUCUCUCCCUAGCUCAGGAAGCUGCCCCCAUGGACAGCACCCAUCACCACCAGAGAAUGGGGAAAGGGGCAUGCAGGGCCACAACCUUCAGAACCAAAGGGAGCCCUCCCCUCACUUCUCUCCCUCCUCUCCUUUUACUGUUUCUCGUUUGUUCCAUGGAGGACAUAGAGUCCAGACGCCUGUCUCUCCCCCUUUCGGACACAUGGGAUCACACUUACCCGAAUCAAGCCGAGGUCUGAGUCCGAGUCUUGAAUGUGACAGUGAAGAGGAGAACAUACUGGGACAUUCUUACCCUUCCUCGUCUUUCAAGCAGCAGUCCAUCCUGCGGUCCAGCUCAGGAGAGGAGAGGGACUCUUUUGACAUGUCCCCCGACUUAAACCGGACACACUCUGACAGCACACACAAGUCCACCAAGAACCCAGAGGAAAGCGAGGUUCGCCUGCGCUCCUAUUCCUACUCCUCCCCCAAAGCCAAACAGCCACGGCCGCUGCUAAAUAGAGAUGCAGCCAUCACUGACCUGGCAGAGGAUGGAGCAAACAGCAGCGGUGGCUGUUCUCUCCUUCAGGCUUUAUCUCUCUCUAAAUCCCUUUCUCGUCUCAACCAAGUUAAGCAGAAGGCAUUCAGCUUGACUGAGCCGCCCAGAGAAAAGAGGGUUUUGGGUUUCCGUAAGCGGACCCAGUCAGCAGAGGAGGAGAACAGCGCAUCACUCCAACACCUCACCCUCACAGAGUUCCUCAAAGAGAUUGAGGAUGAGGAGUGGGAUAAAUACAUCAUCCCUUCUAAGGUGGAGUCUGAGAAAUACAAAGUCAGCCGCACAUUGAGCUUCCUGAAGAGCAGGAUGUCCAGCACACGCAACAAGACCAAGGUGAAGAGCAAAGGAAUGAAGGAAGUAAAGGAAAUGACAGGAACGGCUAAUGGGCACCAGUUUGUUCCUGUGUCCCUGUCUGGUUCUGUUCUCUGUGUAGCCUGUGACAAGUCUGUUUCUGGGAAGGAGCUGUUGCAGUGCUCCAACUGUCUGCUGAGUGUUCAUAAGGGCUGUCGAGACUCAGCUACAGCGUGUUUGAAGAGUUUUGUGGGGCCACAGAAGCCACAGGACAGGAAUGCAUCAAUGGUAAAAAGCAAGACUAUGCCUCUCCCACAUAGCAGUGCAAAAGAUCCACCCCCCCUCUACACCACUUCUUCCUAUUCUUCAAUCCCAACACUGAGCAGAGAAAUGAGAGAAACAACGGCCCUUCUCACCAAGAGCCUCUCCAUCCCUGUAGAUAGCAGACAUGUGAGUGACACGGCAGCAGUGGACGGUGACUUCAAUGUGACAGCGUGGACCAGCUGCUCAGUGGUUGAUGAAGGAACAACAAACAUGAUCAUCCCCCCGUGUGCCGAUGCUCCCAACACCACAGAGGCAGAAGCUGAUGCACCUGUACUGAGCGAUCUCUCAGCUGACCUGCUGGGGCUUGAGGUGGAGUCAUGGAGUCUCACUGUCACUCCAGAGUUCCGCAGACUGCAAGACAAACACACUGUCAAACGACAAGAUGUCAUUUAUGAGUUGAUGCAGACUGAGCUGCACCACAUCCAAACCCUGAUGGUGAUGUCAGAAAUAUUCAGGAGAGGCAUGUUAGAGGAGCUGCAGCUGGACUGUGACUGCGUGGCGCGGAUCUUUCCCUGUUUGGACCCUCUGCUGCACUUCCACAGGAACCUCUUUGGGGCACUGCAGGAACGUCGACAGAUCAUGGCCCAACCUGACAACUACCGAAAUUACCUCAUCCAUCAGAUUGGAGACAUACUGCUUCAGCAGUUCUCAGAUGAAAAUGCUGAGAAGAUGAAGCAGUUGUAUGGAGAGUUCUGCAGUCAUCACAAAGAGGCUGUGAGUGUCUUCAAAGAACUGCAGCAACAAAACAAGAAACUACAAAACUUUGUCAAACAACAGAGCAAUAACUCUCUGGUCAGGCGGAGAGAGGUUCCAGAACUCAUCCUGCUGGUCACUCAGCGCAUUACUAAAUACCCGGUGCUGUUGGAAAGGAUAUUACUGUACACUCAGGAAGGAAGUCAGGAACACAGUGACUUGUUCAGUGCGCUGGCUCAGAUACGUGAAGUCAUCACCACUGUUGAUUUAACUGUCAGUAAGUACGAGAGGUGUCAGGAGCUCCAGCAAGUGCUGGCCCGUCUGGAGAACAAGAGCUUUACCAAACUCAAGAAUGGCAGGGUGUUCCGAAAACAGGACCUGCACAGCCAACACAGGAACCUACACCACAAAGGACUGGUCUACUGGAAGACUGCCACUGGACGCCUGAAAGAUGUUUUGGCACUGCUGCUCACAGACGUUUUGGUUUUCCUGCAAGAGAAAGACCAGCGCUUUGUGUUUGCUGCUGUGGACCAGAAGCCUGCAGUCAUUCCUCUGCAGAAACUCAUCGUUAGAGAGGUAGCUAAUGAAGAGAGGGGGAUGUUCCUGAUUUCUGCCUCCUCUGUGGGACCAGAGAUGUAUGAAGUUCUCACUACCACCAGAGAAGAGAGGAAUGCAUGGAUGAGACACAUACGUCAAGCUGUAGAGAGUUGUCCUGAGGAGGAAGAGGAAGAGGAGAGGAGUUCCGAGUCAGAGGAGGCGAAAAAAGUUGCAGAAGCAAGAAUUCAGAAGAUUCAAAAGUUCCAUGAGACUCUGCUGGGUCAGGACCGGCGUAUCUGCGGAAGCCUGGAGGAGAAGCUGCAGCUCUAUGCGGAGCUUACUGAGCUGACUCUCCACUCACCAGAACCUGUGCCACAUCGCCAUCUGCUGGUGCAGCCAGUUGCUGACAGCGACAUACAUCAGCCGGCCUCCACGCUGCUUACAGCUGCCUUGAGAGAAGCGGAGAAUCUGAUCAGUAUUCUGCAGGCACGCGAUGGUCUUUCUGUACAAAGCCGGAGCUCUUCUUUGGGAGGACCAGAGUGCUGCAGCUAUAACAGUCAUGGGAGCAGCACGCAGGAGUCGCCUUCUGAACCAGAUUAUCUGAGCGCACUCAGUAUGAGCUCCACCUCUCUUGGCUCUGAUACUGAGGUGACUGGGAUGGAUGGAGUUUUGUGGGGUUCUGCUGUGGAGGUGAAGAGUGGGGAAACCAAAGGGACACUGUUAAAGGUGGCAGAGAGUGUGCAGAAUCUGACUCAGCUUCUCUACAGUCUGCAGGCUGCUGUGACCCUCCAGGACAGCUGCUAUGAAGUGCAGAAACUCCUCCUUCAAGAGGGGGAACAGCCGCAGCUCCGGACCCUCAGUUCCCUUCAGAACAGUCUGGAGCAAGAAAGGCAGAGGAGUGCUGAUAAGGCAGAAAAGAAGAGUUCAGAGAGGAAAAAGGAAGAGGUGGAUGAAGUGCAGAAACUUUAUGUCAAGUUGAAACAAGAGCAGCAGCGUUUUGAUAAAGAGUGUUUGUCCAAGGAGAAACAACAGAAUGAGCAGGAGAGUGCGCUGCUACAGCGGGAGCAGCAGUGCCUCCUGGAGGCCGAGCGUCUGCGUUGUGAGCGUGAGGAGCUAGAAGCUCAGCUGCUGGAGUAUCAGCACAACCUGAGCCGACUGAAGGAGGGCCAGAGGAGUGUGGAAAGGGAAAAGGAGAUGAUUGAAGCCCAGCAGAGGCUCCUUCAAAGUUGGAGACACAACCGCCAGAGCAGCCUGCCUGUUACAAUCCCACUGGAUGGAUACAAGGUGCCUGCCCACAGUCGCUCCAGCAGUCUGGAUGGUAGCUGUUCAGUGUACAAAAAUGAGGUAGCUUUGCUCGCUUCCCUCCAACAGAACCACCUCCGUCAGCCCACCAACAACAACCAGCACCAGCAUCUCCUCUCUGUACCACCAAAGAACCACGACGGCUCGCUGCACAGCCCCAGCUUUGGUGCCAACUUCAGUCUCAGUGCCAGCCUCUACAACAGCCUCAACACUUUGCUGAGCCAUAGUCACAGCAAACCACCUCCAGAUGCUCCCACCUACCCAAACUACAGUAACUUUAACAGCUGCUCCAGACCUCUGAACGAAUCCGUUCACCCAUUCAGCAGGACAGUCGCUACACAACCACAGACAACCAUCAACAUGGACUUCAGCCCACCAUUUGACAGACGGUCCCUGAGUCCCUGGAGGUCGGAGGUCACAGGUGACGGACUAUACGAAGAUAACUACCUUUCUUCUCCGUCUCUUACACCGCUCCUUCCCCCGCAGUCCUACCUCUCUCUGGAAGGCCAGCACGGAGAGGAGGGAGGCGAGGAGAACAUAGUUUAUUUCUGAAAAUUAUUCAUGCAAGUAUUCGGACUUUGACAACGGGACUGUCAUGUAGCUGUUGUUUUUAUGUGUUUGUGUGUGGUUGCAUGUUUUUCCAUCUUAACGGUAUGGAUGUUAGCAUUGUUUUCUUUCUAAUGUUACUACGGUCAGGAUGAUCAUAUAAGAAAGUACACAGUUAUUUGUGCCUUUAUCAGUGUGGUGGCCGUUCUUAUUCUUCUUCCUCUGUAUUCAAGCCGUUGUGCCUUGUU